UGGCUCCCGGAAAACCAUGAUGUGGAGAAUUUGGAUGUUGUCUUGUUUCUCUAGCAACGGUCUCAGGAACAGAUGGCCACCCAGCGAUUUGUCUGACUGUGUUGGGGCUGGGCCACUUGUCUCCAGUUCAUAAGGGCUUGCAGCCCAGUUGACCCGAUGUUUCAUGGAACAAUCACAGAAGAGUUAACCAGUCAUGAAGAAUGGAGUCACUAUAAUGAAAACAUAAGAGAAGAUCAAAAAGAUUUUGUUUUUGUAAAGUUCAAUGGCCUUCAUUUAAAGUCUAUGGAAAAUUUGCAGUCUUGCAUCUCUCUUAGAGUAUGCAUCUUCUCAAACAAUUUUAUUACAGAUAUUCAUCCACUUCAAAGUUGUAUAAAAUUAAUCAAACUUGAUCUCCAUGGAAAUCAGAUAAAGAGUCUACCAAAUACCAAAUUUUGGAAUGGAUUGAAGAACCUAAAACUCCUCUAUCUUCAUGACAAUGGGUUUGCAAAGUUAAAGAAUAUAUGUGUAUUAUCUGCCUGUCCAACCCUCAUGGCCCUCACUAUGUUUGAUUGUCCAGUAAGCCUUAAAAGAGGAUAUAGACAUGUUCUUGUUAACAGUAUAUGGCCUCUCAAAGCACUGGAUCAUCAUGUGAUUUCUGAUGAAGAAAUAAUUCAGAACUGGCAUCUUCCUGAAAGAUUCAAAGCAUGUAACCAUCGACUUUUCUUUAAUUUCUGCCCAGCUUUGAGAAAGGGAACAACCUAUGAAGAGGAAAUUAAUAAUAUUAAACAUAUUACUUCAAAAAUUAAUGCAAUUCUGGCUCAUAAUUCACCAGUUUUGAUUGUUCAAAGAUGGAUACGUGGUUUCUUAGUUAGAAAAAAUUUGAGCCCUGUGUUUUUCCAUAAAACACAGCAGGAAAAAAUUAUUAGAGGAUAUGAAACAAAAUGGAUUUAUAUAACCAAAGGGUAUGAAGAUAAACUCCUUAAGGAUCUCUUCUUCAAACCUGAAACUAAUAUAAAGGGAAAGCUUGCAUAUUGGAAACAUAAUAUAUAUUAUCCCGUUGAUUUAAAAAAUUCCAGUGAACACAGAAAACAUGUUUCAUCUAUUUUAUGUGAAUUUAAACCAAAAGAUCUUGGCAUGAAAUCAAAAACAUCAAGAUAUCUCAUUCAAAAAGGUCAGGAAUCUAAAGAUGAAAUUGUGGAUGAAAAAUUGGAUACCAGUUUUAGGAUAUCAGUUUUCAAACUACCCAUAUAUACUUCAGGUUCAUUGAAGAAUAAUGCAGUAUUGAAAGAGAAAAAACAAGAUUUUUUUCCUGCGUAUCCUCAGCCAAUCUUUACUACUCAUCCAAAGCCAAUCAUUAAAAAAGACAUACGAUUGGAGAGGAGUAUGAAAGAGUUUUUUGCAACACAAGGAGCUGGUAUGAAACUCCGAACAUUUAGUGAUAUUGACAAAUAUUACACAGAACAAAAGAAGCAGGAAUGCCAUAAAGAAAAAGUAAGAGUUGUAGCCAUGGCACAAGUUGCUCGAGAAAGAGUAAGAGUAACCGUUAAUGAACAUUUGAAUCAGAAAAAAUAUGCUACGCAAAAACUAAUCGAAGAAAAUAAAGAGACAAUUCAGAACGGUUUACGACAAGUUUGGCAAAACAGAUUCAACUACCUUGAAAAAGCUAGAGAGAGAAGAGCUCUGUUUCUAAAAGAAAAAUCCCAAAAGGCUGCAGAGCGUUUAUUAGUUCAAAACUUAAAUAAUGAGCGCACUCUUUUGACCAGAGGACUACUUAAAAUUGACAGACUGAAGAAGAAUGAGGCCGUCCUAAAAGAGAAAAGCCUGAUUGUUAAGCAAAAACUAAAAGCAGAAAAAUAUGGAAGGAAUUUACUUAAAGAAAUGAAAAAAGUUAGAUAUUAUUAUGCAACACAAGCCUCUAUGUUAUUGUGCAAAUCAGAAUGCUUUGCUGUAUUCUAAUUGGUGAGAAGGUGGUGCCUAUGUGUGAAGAAAAAGACACUCUUUUAUCCAGGUAAGUGCCUCACAAGUGGCUGCUUCUUGACUGUGUGUGACCUUGUUUCGCACCUACUUGCUCUCAUCAUACAAUGCAUGAACUGCACGACCACUGGUAAAAUUUAUCCUUUUAUUACCCUUCCUUUAGCAACCAACUCAAUGGCAUUUUCACUUUUAAUCUGUUAUCAACU